AUGAAGGCACUAAUACUUACCACCGCCGAGCAUACCGCGAGGGUCGAGGAGGUCCCCAAGCCUGUGCCUGGUUCCAGCGAGCUUCUCAUCAAAGUGCACGCAGUUGCCUUGAACCCAGUGGAUGCAUUGUACGUUGCGUGCCCGCUGGCAGCACAGCCAAACGGGUCAUUGGGAUGGAUUUUGCAGAUAUCGUCGUGGGCAUCGGUCAUGACCUUCAGACCUCGUCUGACCCGAGGGCGAAGGUGGGAGCUCGAGUGGCAGGCUUCCUGCAACGAGGUGCGUUCGCAGAGUACGUCACCGCGGAGCAUGUCUCUCGAGGAGGCAUCGACUAUCCCCACCUGCGGCAUGACAGCGGCACAGGGGCUUUUCUUCCGGCUGGGUGUCCCGUGCCCCUUCUGGCCGACCCCAGAAGCUCCCCAGAGCAAGUUGGGACGACCUCUGAACGUCUUCGUAUACGGAGCUUCUUCGUCACUCGGUCUCUUCGCGGGCCAGCUCGCCAACCUCGUAAAACAGCACUCCCAGGUUCCAAUCCGACUUCUGGGUGCCGCACGAGAUUCCCACCACCAGAUGCUGAAAGAGCAUCCGUACAGCUUCGACGCGCUGUUUGACUAUCGACAAGACGACUGGCCAGAACAGGUGACCAAAUUUACAGACGGAACCGGCGUGGACUUCGUGAUGGAUUGUAUCAGUGAGGAGUCUACGGUUGAGAUGUCCUCUCGCACACUCAAUCCUACGGGGAAAUGUGCCGUAUUCCGACCACCGAAGAACAAUUAUGAUCCUGACAAGCUGCCGACGAGACUGAUAUAUGGUGCAGCCUAUGAAGCGUUCGGAGUUGCGACCGACUAUGGAGCGUUCACAUUCCCGGUCGUCCCAGACGCAAGAGAGUUCGCAGCAGCUUUUUAUCAAUAUCUAACUGACAGCGGCCGCGCGGGUCAAAUCAAGCUGAGAGGCAAUCCCGUACGGCUGAUGCCCGGAGGAUUGGAUCACAUUGCCCCCGACGGUCUGAGUAUAUUGGGCGCCGGCGUUCUGGGACAUCUGAUGAACGGAAAGCAGCAUGGGAGGACUGAAACUUACAUGAGGCCGAUUUCAGCAGAGAAGCCAGUCUACAAUAUUUCCUAG